CCCUUCCCCUCUCCCCUCCAUCCUCGCCUCUCUCCCUCUCUCCUCGCCCGCUGGGUGCUGAAGUUGGGCGGAUGGCAGCAAACCCGCUCCGCUAGAGGACCGAGCAGCCGAGCCUCGCGCCCCCGGACCCAUCGGUGCGCUGCCCACACCUCCAGGCGACUGGCCAGUUGGGUCCGAAAGUAGCUGAAAUGCGAAAAAGACAGCAGACACAAAAUGAAGGAACACCUGCUGUGUCUCAAGGGCCCGGAAACCAGAGACCCAACAACACGUGUUGCUUCUGCUGGUGCUGUUGCUGUAGCUGCUCCUGCCUCACUGUUAGGAACGAAGAAAGAGGGGAAAAUGUGGGAAGACCCACGCAUACCACAAAAAUGGAGAGCAUCCAGGUCUUAGAGGAAUGCCAAAACCCCACUUCAGAUGAAGUCUUGUCCUGGUCUCAAAAUUUUGACAAGAUGAUGAAGGCCCCAGCAGGAAGAAACCUUUUCAGAGAGUUUCUCCGAACAGAAUACAGUGAAGAGAACCUACUUUUCUGGCUUGCCUGUGAAGACUUCAAGAAAGAGCAGAACAAAAAAGUAAUUGAAGAAAAGGCCAGAAUGAUCUAUGAAGAUUACAUUUCUAUACUAUCACCAAAAGAGGUCAGUCUCGAUUCUCGAGUUAGAGAGGUGAUCAAUAGAAAUCUGUUGGAUCCUAAUCCUCACAUGUAUGAAGAUGCCCAACUUCAGAUAUAUACCUUAAUGCACAGAGAUUCUUUUCCAAGGUUUUUGAACUCUCAAAUUUAUAAGUCCUUUGUUGAAAGUACUGCCAGCUCUACUUCUGAAUCUUAAUUUUCGUUAAAAAAAAAAAAAUCAUUUUGGAGGGCUGGGAGGGGAAAUAAAAGUAGUUAAAUGACACCAGAAACUGAGUUCCUGGAGAACUACAGUUUAGCAUUCCUCAGGCUACUGUGAAAAUACAACCAUAUGGUCUUUGUCUCCAUUUUUAUCAAGGUUAUCCUGGUUAAGUUUGGAGAAAACACCACACGAAAACAACGGAUUGCCAAAUUAAGUUUGUUUUAUUCAACACUCAUUCUACUUGCAAGCAAACUGUAUUUGUAUCCUAUGAACAGUCUCGUAGUGUACCCCAGAGACUGCAUGUGCAAAGUAAAACUGCUUCAUUUGCCACAUAGCUGUUGUAAUAUUUAAUCCAAUGGCAUAACUUAUAUCUGUAUUUAAGGACUUUUGUGCAAUAUGGUCUUAUAGAAAUAAUUGCCAAAAAAUUGGCUGUGGUUUGCAUUUUUAAAUAUAACCUAAGAGAGAAAAAGCCAAUUUUUAAGUUGUAACAAUGGUAUUCAACAUGUUAUAUACUGUGUUCAGUACACUCAUUUUGAAGCCAAUAUUUCUGUACAUGGAAAAAGAGCUAUUUAUCUCUGCUUGUUGGGAAAUCCUAAUGGGGGAUUCCUCUGGUUGUUCACUGCCAAAACUGUGGCAUUUUCUUUACAGAAUAGUUUGUUAUGUAAAAACAA